UGCAUCUGGGAAGAGCCACAGCCCAAGCCACCAGGCACUCCUGUGCGGGGCUAUCUUCAUCAGAUUAUUUGAAGCCGGAAGACCCAUCUUAAAUGUGGGCAGUGCAUACUAGUGGCAGCACACAUAAAAGGACAUGGAAGAAGGAAGCUUCUGCCCUUGACUUGCUUGCCCUUGCUCUUGUUGGCAAGCGCAUCUAUGCCGUGAACUUAGGCACUCUAACAGUGGUAUUAGAACGAGGUUCUUGGGGCUUCCAACCAACGGCUCUCUGGAAGCCCUCCAGGCCUUCAGAGCCAGGUUGGACACCCAAGACAUCCAGCCUUACAGGUUAAGCAACUAACUACAAGAUCCUUGGGCUCUUCGGUGUGAUUCUGCAAUCGCUGGACUACCUGGACUGUAUUCUUGAACCGCGAAAGAGAAUAGAGCCCACAUCUGAGCCAGCACGGCCUGAGAAAGACUUGACAGAGUUCCUGGCAACAGAUAGAAAAUGACUGCAAACCCUCUAAGAACAGCUCUUGCUUUGCUCUUCUUUGCCCUCUCUGGGGUCCCAGCCAUGGCAGAAAUCUCUUGCAGAAGUGAAAAUGGUGUACCUGUGGACUGGGUUGUCUUUUAUAAGGUGCCCAAAGUAUUUCAGAAGAACAGUACAGACAACGGGCUGGAGUACCUGUACCUGGACUCCAUAACAAAAAAUUGGAAGACAAGCAGCCAUCUGAUAAACAACAACAGAAGUAUUUUGGGAAGGACCCUGGAGCCGCUGUAUGAAGCAUACAACUCCAAGAGCAAUAACACAGCCUAUCUAAUAUACAAUGAUGGUGUCCCUAAGUCUAAGACUUACAGCAGAAAGUAUGGACACACCAAAGGUCUACUUGUAUGGAACAAAAUCCAGGGGAUCUGGCUGAUUCAUUCUGUUCCUGGGUUUCCUCCAUUUCCGAAAGAUGGCUAUGAUUAUCCAUCCUCAGGGAGACGUUAUGGACAAAAUGGCAUCUGUGUAACUUUCAAAUACAGCCAGUAUAAAGAAAUAGAUUCUCAGCUCUUUGUCUCCCAACCAAACAUCUACAGCUGCUCCAUCCCAAACAUCUUCCAUCAAGAACUCAUCCAUUUGACUCAGAUGUGUGACAAGUCCGGCUCCUUAAAUAUCCCUGUCCGGAGGCUCGCCGCCCUUCAAUCAGCCCAGGGACUGAAGUUCUUACAUUUUGCGAAAUCCUCUCUUUAUACUGAUGACAUCUUUUCAGCCUGGAUGGCUCAAAGCUUGAAGACACAUUUACUAGCAGAAACCUGGCACCGGAGGAACCAUGAAUUUCCUUCCAACUGUUCCCUUCAUUACCACGUCUACAAUAUCAACCGCAUUAGACUAGGUCGCAAAUAUUCCUUCAGUUCUUACCACGACCAUUCCAAAUGGGGCGUUUCCAAACUCUCCAACAGUCACUGGACCUGUAUUGGAGACCUAAAUCGGGACCCACACCAAGUCUUCAGAGGUGGGGGAUUCAUCUGUACCAGGAAUUGGCACAUUUAUCGGUCGUUUCAUGGAGCAGCUACUCAUUAUAAAAAAUGUGGCUAAGCUUGGGGAAAGGACACGUGCACUGUCCUCGAAAACACUGGAAAUGGAGCUCCUUGCCUUGGAUCCAUUCUCCACAUGGUAAAGGUUUCUGGGUGUGCACAGUGUAGCAUCCAAUAAAACGCCGUGGGUCCCCAUUUCCCAAUCUGUUUAAUCAGUAGAAAUUUGUCUCCUUUGUAUUUAGGAAUUAGAAACCCAAAUCAAGAUUACAGAUAACAGUAAUGGAUGGAAUGAGAGAGAAUAUUCUUUGCAGCUUGGUCAUCUUCAGUGGCCGAUCUUGUAGAUUAAAUUUGAUCUCUUCCGCAAAGUUCUCUGACUGUUCCGUUUGAAGAAAAUAAAAAAUGUGCUCUCUCUCUCUCGCUCUCUCUCUCUCCUCCCUACUGGUUUAUACUUUUGUCUCACUAUCUUUGCAGGUGCUAUCUACUACUAAUAUAUUCUUGAGCUGCUCACUUUAA